AGGGGGCAGCCCGCAUGGCAAGAGACUUCCAGCAGCUGCCUCCACUGCUCUGUGCUGGGAUCAUGGAACUUGCCCUGCUGUGUGGGCUGGUGGUGAUGGCUGGUGUGAUUCCAAUCCAGGGCGGGAUCCUGAACCUGAACAAGAUGGUCAAGCAAGUGACUGGGAAAAUGCCCCUUUUCUUCUACUGGCCCUACGGCUGUUACUGCGGACCAGGUGGCAGAGGCCAGCCCAAAGAUGCCACGGACUGGUGCUGCCAGACCCAUGACUGCUGCUACGACCACCUGAAGACCCACGGAUGCUGCGUCCACACGGACCAUUACAGAUACAGCUUUUCCCAGGGGGACAUCCACUGCUCUGACAAGGGAAGCUGGUGUGAGCAGCAGCUGUGUGCCUGUGACAAGGAGGUGGCCUUCUGCCUGAAGCGUAACCUGGACACCUACAAGAAGCGACUGCGUUUCUACUGGCGGCCCCGCUGCCAGGGGCAGACCCCUGGGUGCUAGAAGUCCACACCCUCUACCCUGUUCCUCAGCAUGGAGCUCCCGCAUCCCCGCAUCAGUAUCUAACCUGAACCAGCCUGGCUUUUCAAACACUCCGUGGGGAGGUAGUCCCAGCCUCCCCCGGAACCCCCUACCAGUGCCUUCUAACCUUCUGAAGCUUUCUGAAUCCUCCCAGUUGAGGCAGCAGCUGUGUCCUCUGGGGUGGAUGGGAAUCUUGGGAGAAGCCCAAGCAAGGGAGCCCUCAGAGAUGGUGUUUGGACCAAAGCAUCGGGAUCGGGGGAGAGGUCUGCCGCUGUCCCCUACCUGCUGUCUCCCCGGUCCUUUCUCACCCCCUCCAGUAUAGUCUCGGAGCUACAACCGGAGCAGCCACUUUAAAGGGCAAUAUUGAUUUUUCUGUCCAUGUGACUCUCUCUUAAAAUCUCAAGGCCCUCCACUGUCCUAAGAUAAAGCCUCUCAUAGGCGUUGGGGACCCCGCACUGUCCGGCCGUGUGACCCUCUCCCCAGGCAAGCUCUGACGUCCCUGCAGGUGGAGGCCAUGCCUGUCUUAAACUCAGUUGCAUCCCCGGUGCCCAAAGCAACACUCAGAACCAAGGAGCUCCAUAAAUCCCUCUUGGGUGAAGCGCUAGACAAAGCCGCCAGUUCAUAUGGCUCCGGGCACCAGAGCCUUGAGUACUUUCUCCUGACUCCAGGCAUCGGCUCAGGGUGAAUUACAAGGGGCUACUGAAUGGCUAUUACUUUCAUCACGACUGAUCCCCACCUCCUCGGGGUCAAAGGGCUACUUUCUGGAAGUCUCCCCGGACUGACUCCUCCUCCCUGACUGCAAAGGCUCGCUCUGUCCUCCAAGCUCCCACAAUGCUUCACGGCUCUGCCGCUUACCAAGCUUGGCCUACAGUGGCAAAUGGAACUUCUCUGAUCUCCCCCAACAAAACUGGAGCCCUGAAGGAUGGAGGCCAUGUCUGUACCAUCUCUGUUUCCCCUGUUUCCCCACAUACUGGGUGCUCAAUUCAUGCCUGUGAAUGGAGCAAGCCCAUAAUGGAUACACAGAAGUUGCAGCAGAUGGUGUGGGUACCCCACCCAGAUCCCCUCCAGGCCCAAGGCCCCUCUCCCUGAGUGAGGCCAGGUGUUGGCAGCUCACUGCUCCAAUCUGCCUCCUUCUCUUAAAUAUUGCCCUGGUCUACAGGGAGCUGCCUGCCCCCCGCCCCACCUCUCCCACCAAGAGGCCACCUGUCACUCAUGGCCAGGAGAGUCUGACACUAUGGAGGGUACAACUGCCAGCUCCCCUGCCUCUGUGCAGGAUUGUCUGGGCGGAACAACACUCUCGAAUUCCUCCUGGGAUCGGGCUGAGGCCAGGCCUUUCCUGGAACCACCUCUCUGCUUGGUCGGACCCCAUGGCCUAUUCAGUUUUCCUGGUUCCCUCACAGGUUUCUCCAGAAAGUACUCCCUCAGUAAAGCGUUUGCACAAGAA